AUGUUCUCCUUUCUCGGCGCCGACAAAGGCAAACGGCGCGAACACCGCCUAGCGCCUCUGACAGACAUCAAGAUCGGCCCUUUCAGGAUAGGCAGCACCAGCUCCACGCCCAACAGCGAAUGUACAUACACUGCGCUCACCUCAUCCACGGAGACCGCCGUCGACAUCCCGCUCGCCAACAUCAACUCGCAACAGUGUGGCUCAACUUCCUCUUUCGAUAGCUAUACCGACUCUCCCUCUCCACCCCCAGGCUACAAGCCGCCCGCGUACUACUCUGCUCUGCUCGGUGCCACCACCCGUCGGUCUAGAUACUCGUCGCGCAAAUGCAAGCUCAUCACGCUCGCCGUGAUCGUGCUGCCAUGCAUAUACAUCUUUUGCUACAUCACCUUCCGGCCGCCGAGCUACAUCAUUCUCCCACCCGAGAAGUACGUUGAAGUUUUGAGGGAAACCAUGACGCAGCACAUCCCGAGCCAGGCAGCGCGGCAGGCGCUCACCGAACAGCUUGCACGCAUCGAGCAUCCCGAUGUAACCCCGCGCACGCCCAGCAGCGAACCGACGAACCCCACCUCCAUCGUUCCUGCUACGAUCUGGUCGUCGGACGGCAAGCCCGCACCCAGCGCGUGGUUUACAAAGUGGUCCGCGAUGGGCUUCGAGCCCAAAUUCCUCGACGAUCAGGGCGCCGAGGACUGGAUCACGGCGCACUACGACAACUCAUCGGUCAAGAAGAUGUGGGAUUCCAUGCCGCGCUUCAUCCUCAAAGCCGACCUGCUGCGGUACCUGCUGAUGCUCGACGAGGGCGGGACGUGGAGCGACAUGGACACUGUCCCGCUCAUGCAGCGGGCGAAUUGGACGCUCGACGCGGUGCCGCUCUCGACCGUCUUGCCGGAGGACGAGGGGAUCUUUGGUCGGACGAUGGAACGCGAACCGGUCCGAGCGGUGAUCGGCAUCGAGAACGAUCCGAACGAGAACUACGAUCCGCGCAACUUCUUUGAGCGGUGGCGACUGCUGCCGCUGCGCAGGCAUCGACCGUUGCAGUUCGUACAGUGGACGCUGCAUGCUGCGCCGCACCACCCGAUCAUGCUCGAUACCCUGCGGCGUGUGUUGAGCGCAUCAACGGUGUAUCGCGGGUACGAGGUCGAAAGCCAGCGCGAAGCGGAUAGCGACGGAUGGGGCUGGGGAGAGAAAGGCAGGCAGAAGGAGCAGGCCAAAGCGAGGGAGGCGCACACCACCCAUCCGUGGGACGGAACAGCCAUGUCCUGGCAGUGGCAAGCAGGUCACUGGCGGUGGGGCUGGAAUGUGCUGAGCGUGGAAGAAUGGACCGGACCCGCGGUGUUUACCGAUGCGGUGAUGAGCUAUCUCCAUGCCACCGCGGGGGUGAGGCCGGAGGAUCUGAGCGGGUUGACCAAGCCAGUGCAGGUGAGGGAUGUUGUGAUUGUGCCUAGUCAGGGGUUCAACCCGGCAAGGAAGGUUGAGGGUGUGAGUAGGUUGGUGCAUCUUUUCAGGGGGAGUUGGAAGGGGUAG